AUGUCCCGUAUGUUGAUCCGGCAAUCACGAACAGUGAUCCGACGACCUGCGAUUAGACACUCGUCCACCGCACAGGAGACCGCCGCUAAGGCCAAAGAUGCCGCCUCUACAGCUACUGCUAAGGCCUCGGAGGGCCUUACAAAGGUGACCGCUGCUGCUGGCCCAGCCAUCGCUGGUGCCAUGUCCGGCGUUGGCGGUGCCUUGAAGCGAGUUGGAGGAAGAACCGCCAAAGUCGUCGCUUUCGUCGAAUUUCCUUUCUUAACAUUCACUAACGUUGGCCGUUUACCCAGCUUUAAUACCACCAACCAUCUACUAUUCGAGAGUCGCCAUGGAGAUGUCGAAGAUCGUCUUCCGCGGCCAGAAGAUGGCACCACCGUAAGUCAAUUACACGGCCUUACACGGCCAGUUUACGAUAUUGACCUUUACUUUGACAGAAACAUGGCCACCUUCCAAUCGUACUUCUACUCCACGCUCAGCUCCCUCCGUCAGCCAUCCACCAUCUUCGCUAGCCUAAGGAAUCCCAACGGCAGCGUUGCCCGUCUCCGAAGCCUCGAUGCAAAGCAAUGGGCCAUUGUCGGCAUCACCACCGCAGAGGUUAUCGGAUUCUUCUCCGUCGGAGAGAUGUUGGGACGAUUCAAGGUUGUAGGAUACAGAGGAGAGGUUUCCCACGAGCACUAG